CCAGGAAGAAGAGGUAUGUUGUAUUUUGUACACGAAAACUCUACACCAGAGCAAUUAGUGAAAUUCAGGUACACUAAACAACAGCAAGACAAGACGUGGAAAACUAAAAAGUACCGUCGAAUCUUGCAAGCUCUCGAAGCCCAGGAUCCUGAUAUCGUUCGAGCUGAUACUAUAUCCGUAGAAGGCUUUGGCCGCUUCCUUCAAGCCAGAUCUGAACAGUCUGCCGUUCUCAGUCGAUUCUAUGGACAUACCAUCACAAACCAUGAUAAUGGAUACCCCCUCUUUCGCAAGAUCCGUCUUUCAGCGUACUUCAACAGACAACGUGCCGAUCAAAAGCUUAUUCAAGAUUUACGCGCCAGGUUUGGAGAAGACGCCGUGUUUGUGAUGGGAAACUGGUCCGCUCCCCAUGCUAGGUAUCAUGAGCCCAUUCGUGGCCUUGGUUUCCGAAGACUUCUCAAGAAACAUGAGUUCCAAGUCUAUCUUAUAGACGAGUACAGGACCAGUAGGUGCUGUCCAACAUGCCUCAACGAGAGCCUCCACACGUUCCGUCGUGUUCCAAAUCCACGACCGUAUCAAC